AUGGUCAGUGAGCUCAGUGAGAGUGCCGUGAUCAUUUCGCCGUUGUACCGUGAAAGUCAAGUAUGAAGCUGAGGGAAUUCUUGAUAGUGACGUGGUGCUCGAUAAUCGUGGCUCGCUCGGAAACCGCGAAGAACGACCGGGAAACGUUGCUGAGGAGAGCGGCCGAACAGCUGGAGCGAUUGGCGCCAUAUCGGAGAAGCGCGGACAAUCGAGGAGAAAUCGAUCUCUCGAAUCCGGAUGUCUGGAGAUCACCGGAGGAUCAAAAUCAUCUGGAUGAGACGAAGAGCGACGCGGAUCAGAGGGGAUCACCUUGGGAGGUGAUCUCCGACAUCCUGUCAACGGAAUCGGACGCGACGAAGGGGAUCGAUGACGAGAAGCUGGUGACGAUCGACGUUAUCGCCGAUCCGAAAUACGCCGCGAUGAUGCAGGAGAGGAUCAAGAGAGGCUUCGACGCCGGAUCCGCUGGUCUCUUAACCAGCAUAGCUGGCGGUUUGUUAAGCGGUGUCGCGAGCGCGUCCAGCAGCUCUGCCGGAAAAGCAUUGGCGAGUAGCAGUCAAUCGGGGUAUCACGCUCCGGUAUACGGUACACCCACAGUGGAACAUACUUAUUCGUAUGCAGAGAAGCCCUUCGGCCCUUGGGACUUCAAGAAGGCUAUCUUCGGCACAGUGUUCCAAGCUCUCAAGGCAAUCGGCGGCGGCGUGCUAGCUCUAAAGGGUCAACUAGUCAAGGGCGGUGGUUACCUCUUGGCGGGUAAAGGCAAAGUUGUCAGUAAAGCCGGAGAUGUUAUCACGUCCUUUGGUAAAAGUCUGGCGGCCAGCGCGUUGACGGAACCAAAGCCUUAUCCACCAGACACUUAUUACGAUCAUCCGCCGGUUCAAAAUAUAGGACAUGAUCCUAGCUAUUCUGGACCACCGCCGAGUUCGGAUGAUUACUCCGAAGCGCCUAAUGAUUACAGUCCAGAGACCUACAGAGUGCCAACAGAUGACAAUGGCCAGGGUGGCCUGCUGAUCGUGACGCCGACGAAAUCUGACCUGGACGACCAGAACGACCAACGUACGAACGUGGUGGUGCAGGAAAAGCCGGAUCUGUCCAAGUUAGAGGAGAGUUUCGGUGGACCGGCCAAAGGCUCCACCGUAGUGAAUCUCCUCAACAGCGUGCCGAAAGGUAGCGUUGGUUCAAAGGAUCAAACCGUCAAUCAAGACAACAGCAACGUAAACCCUUAUCCUCCCGCGCAGCAUCCGGCUCCUAUCUACGGGACACCAAAUCAUCAACCCGCGAAUCAGGACAAUGCAGCGCAGAAUUAUGGUAAUACGGUGCAAAAGUAUCCGUCCGUGCAAGACAACGCUUAUCAACUGCCUCAGUUACCGUUGCAUCAUCACUUCCAUCUGGGCGAUCCUAAUCUGUCGAUUCAGCCGAAUAUAGAUUACUCCCCAUUGCAACACAUUCAAUACCCGGCAAAUCCCGCUGUUUCGUUCGAUUCCAUCAAGCUGCCGCACGAUGAUGGCGGUACAUCGGUGUACUCAAGUCUGUCUAUAGACACCGAGCCGCAAAUCGCGCCCUUGAAGGUGUCCCUCCUGCCCGGUGCCCUCGAUCUGCCCAAGUUGCAGCCGCACGUGGACUUUCACGGACAGCCCCAGUUCGCGAAUCAUCUUCAGGGCACCUUGGGCGGUCCACUGAAGGUGCCUCUUCUGAACUCGGUGCCGUCAGCCCAUUAUUGGCAGGAUCAAGGGUCGCUCGUACCGACUUUUAAGACGCUGAAUCCCUUCCAUAAGAGGAACGUUCUCCAAAGGCGAGCGUUCGCCAAACGACUCGCACUUUACUCGUCGCUGCAGAAGAUGAGGUUCCGUUGACUGUGAGGUUGAGGCAGUAGUCCAUGCGGUCGCGUACUAUCCAUAUCCAAUCAAAUACGGAUACAGAUAUCCGCAUCUUUAUGGACGAUAAAGAUUUU